AUGCAACAUGAUCAGGUUUUGGGCAUCAUGAAUGUCAUCACUGCAGAACCAGCUGGGUGCUACAAGCAACUCAUAGAUGCUCUUCAGCAGGUCUGGGUGGAACCUGUAUGCUUUGUCAAUGUCUCUCCUGAUGAUCAUGUGUGCAUUUUGGAGCACAUGGACUCUCUGACAUUUUCAAACUAUCACACAAACAGCAUCCAACCUGUCCCUCCUGAACACACCUUCACUGGUGCUCAUUUGUGCAAACAUGAUUAUCCAUGCUCUCACUCUGGUCGUAUGCAACUGGUUUCCAAACUCAUCCCUCCUCAACAUACCACCACUAGUGACAACAAUCUGCCUACUGACCCAGACUCUGAUGCAAAUGCUGAUUAUGUUCAUCCAUCCCAAAUGGAUGUUUCAGAUGCUGAGGCUCCUCUAUGUGGAGAUGAGGGCUAUGACUCAGGAAGAGAUCAUGACAUGGAUGCUAACGGUUCUGAUGCAGAUACUAAUGGUUCUGAUGCAGACGAGUGGAAUGGGGUGUAUGCAGACUAUGACCAUGGCAUUGAUAGUGCAGAGGGGGACUAG